AUUGGCUGAAGCUAGUGUGGCUCAGGCCACAUUGAACUACAUCCCUAGCCACAAGGUCGUGCUGAUCCAUCAAUUAAUUGUGGCUGAACCAAGAUGGCCGCGCUACUCGGUCAGAGUAGCGAUGGGGAAAACGAGACUGAGCUGACAAGCAGGUGGCGAGAAUUGAAUGAGAGAAUUCCAUGUUAGAAUAAACCGGACGAAUAAGGGAGCAGCUUAUCUUGGUCGAUUCAGCCUAUUAACUACAGGUACUGUGAAGUAGCAGGUUGUUUGGCUUAUGGUUAAAACGGCCGCUUGAUGAUUGGUCAUUCUGUCGUCCAGAAGUAGAUAUAAUGCUUAGAGAGUAUCGCGGCAGUUCAUGCCCCCGGGCAAAGUAUAUUCGCAUAUAAGAUGCGCCCUACAACUCUUAUAACAAAAAGUAAAGUGUAAAUAGUGUAGAGAUUAUUCACUUCAGCUUUAAACCUUUGCUAAACCUUCAGGGUUCAUCAUGCUAUGGAUUACGUUUACUACUGCUAUUACAGUGCUCUUUGCGCAGCACGCCUAUGCCCAGGGGCGUCUCCUCCGAUUUGUCUGUUCGCAGCUCGUUAUCGAACGAAUUGACCCUCUCGUCUCUCCCGGGAUGGUGCCAUCCCCUCACACUCACCAGGUCGUGGGAGGCAACUCGUUUAACGCGACGAUGGAUCCUGCGCGGCUUGAUCCCGCCGCGGCAUCUACUUGCACUACAUGCUCGUACGCUGAGGACUUUAGCAACUACUGGACUGCUAAUUUGUACUUUAAAUCGCCAGAAAACGGUACUUUCAAACGAGUGCCGCAGAUGCCGAACCCUACCUGCUGUCAGCAGAACGGUGGCCUUACGAUAUACUACAUGCUCCCCUUUUCCGGUAACCAGAAGGUCACGGCGUUCAAACCUGGUUUCCGAAUGCUAGCAGGCGACCCGUCGCUCCGCACCGCUACGGGCAAAGACCCGGGUAUAUGCCACCGGUGCUUAGGCGCUAGUAACGGGUUCCAACCGUGCGAUAGGACGGACAGUUCCGAGCUUCCGUCAAAGCCAUGCCCUCAGGGGAUUCGGUCGAGUAUCAUCUUCCCGACUUGCUGGGAUGGCAAGAACCUGGACAGUCCCGACCACAAGUCGCACAUGGCGUACUCUCCAGGAAUCUGUAGUGGAGGUAACUGCCUCGCUGGUGCCUCCUGCCCUAGCACCCACCCCGUCAGAGUUCCCGGAGUCAUGUACGAGAUCUACUGGAACACAAGCCAGUUCAACGACCCCAAGUACUUCUCAGCAGGCUCACAGCCGUUCGUGUAUAGUUUUGGUGACAGACUAGGCCACGGCCAGCAUGGCGAUUACCUGUUCGGGUGGAAAAGCGAUGCCCUUCAACGUGGCAUGGAUGCCCUAUCAGGACGUGACUGCAUCAACGAGAAGUGUAGCGCGCUGAAGUCUCAAUCAUAUAAAGACGCCAUGGCGUGUACGAAAAAAUCUGUCGUCGACGAGGAUGUAGGCUUGGAUGGGUGGAUUCCCGCUCUACCUGGUGGUAUGCCAGUGACCCAGUAAUAGUUGCAUUAUAUUUACCCUGGGUAUGCACCCCACCAUAAGAAAAUGUUAAUCUAAUAAGUUUACAACUGUCCAGUUUUAACAAUAAAAAUUAUGCCUUUUGAGCUGCGGAAGUAAACAGUGCACCCUGAUGUAUACUUUACUUUAGUGCAUGCUUUGAUGACCAUUUAGAGCGUUCCAACUUCUUAAAAUGCUUAAAACCAGUCUUUGUCUUUUUAUAUUCC